AGUGCAGCAGUGCAGCUGAAAAGAACAGACCCUAUGUAUACAAACAUGACAUAUUCCCAUCUGCAUAUGCCCAUUGACAUUUGAAUAUUGAGAGAUCAAUGCGCAUGCUUGAGCUUGAGAAUGCACUGGCCGUCAUUCAAACGUUUCUUUAGACUUUCUCAAUUUUAUAUCGAACAAUUAAAAUAAAAUAUGUUGUCAAGGAGACAAAUACAUUCUAUGUAUAAAUGGAUUAAAAGGCGAAAUGGCAAAUUUUCACAGCGAUUUCUUUCAUCUAAUACUGAAACAGAAGCAAAAGUACAGAAGAAAUGGAGAUCCAUCGUGGGCUUGGAAAUUCAUGCUCAGAUUGCGACAGAGUCAAAGUUAUUUUCUAGCGCAUCCACGAAUUUUGUCAAUCCCAUCAACUCGUGUGUCUCAUUUUUCGAUUGCGCCACACCAGGAACGCUACCUGUAUUGAACAGGAAAUGCGUGGAAAUGGCAGUGCUGACAAGCUUAGCGUUAUCAUGCCGAUUGAAUGAGACCUCUCUGUUUGAGAGAAAACACUACUUUUAUGCAGAUCUACCUGCAGGAUUUCAAAUCACUCAACAACGACAACCUAUUGCUGUCGAUGGUGAAAUUAAAUUCCAUGUGUUCACUCCAGGAAUACACAAGUCACCGUAUUUGAAAUCUUCUAAAAUCAAGCAAAUUCAAUUGGAACAAGACAGUGGCAAGAGCUUGCACGAUGAAAAUACAGCAAAAAGCUUAAUUGAUCUUAAUCGUGCUGGAAUUCCAUUGAUGGAAUUUGUAUUUGAACCAGAUUUGAUUGAUGGCGAAGAAGCAGCUGCGCUUGUUAAGGAGCUUACGCUUAUAUUACAGUUAUUGGGUGUCUGUAGUGGCAGAAUGGAAGAAGGAGCACUUCGUAUCGAUGCUAAUGUUUCUGUAAGUAAUCGAGACAACGAUUUGGGUGUUCGAACGGAAAUAAAAAAUAUCGGAAGUGUGCGUGCUGUUGCUGCCGCUGUUAAGUAUGAAAUAAAUAGGCAAAUUUCUAUCCUUGAAGCCGGCAAUAAAAUAUUUAACGAGACACGCGCAUGGAACAUGGUAAACAAGACAACUAUUCCCAUGCGUGAAAAGGAAGAGAAAGAAGAUUAUAGAUUUAUGCCUGAAACAAACUUGCCACCUUUACGUAUACAUGUCAGAGAAGAUUUACCGAAUGAAAACAAUUUAGUCGAUGCUGUAAUAUUAAAAAAACAAUUGCCUAAAUUGCCGGAACAGAUACGUGAGAGAUUAAAGAAUGUUCUUCAGAUAUCUCCUGAAAUAAUUAUAGCUCUAAUGAGUGACUUGAUAUUGCUACAAUUAUUUGAUAAAAUAAUAAAAAAAGAUGGCAAUCGUGAUCCAACAUUGGUUGCAAAGUUUCUUGUCAGGGACCUGUUGAAUUUUCUUAAUAAAAACAAACUUACAAUUGAAUUUUGCAUACCACAUGCAGAUUUUAUUGGUCAAUUAACUGAUUUAUUACAAAACAAAACAGUUAAUUUAAUAAUAGCGAACAAGAUUUUGUACGAAAUAAUAUCUGAUACAAAGAAGUCCCCAAAAGAGAUUGUCGAAGAACAUAAUUGGUUCUUGAUAUCAGAUGAAGAAGAAUUAGAAAAAAUGUGUUUAGAAAUUAUUGAGAAAAAUCCGAAAAUUGUAUCAGGAUAUAAAAAAGGCAAGAAAAAAUUAUUUAUUGCACUAAUGGGACAAAUGGCGAAAAUCACUAACCAACGUGCAGAUAUGGCUCUUGUUGCAAACAUUAUGGAAAGAUUAUUAAAAUCAUAAUACAUGUAGAUUAUAUAAGAUUGAGCAGAUGUAUAGAAUUAGUUUCUA